UAUCGAUACGUGGUAAGGGCGCCGCGCGUAAAGAAAUUAUUAGUGGUAUAAAUAAUCUGCCCUUGGUGAAUAUUUCGGAGGGAAAAAAGGAACCGUUGCGAGAUGUCGCAUCUAGAAUUCGUUAUCAAUGCGACGGGCGAAAUUGGAGGUUAUCUUAGUCGGGGAUAAUGUGAGCGACGUACGGUUUCGUAUCUGCUUAUGUAGUAUUUUUCUAUGAAUUUAUACGCGAGGCUUUCUCCGACUUCGACGUAUUUUUAGUUAAGAAGGAUUUUACUUUUAUCAUGCCCCCUAGUCGCCUGGAUGCCGUCUACAGAAGUAUUUUGCUCACGAAAUUCUUUACCAAAGGCUGGGGCAAGCCUGAGAAUUUGAAAAGAAUAUUCGAAUUCAGGAAAAUCGUCUCUAAUCGUGAAGCUUGUUACAAUCUUAUUUCUCCAAAUUAUCCUAUAACGAUUACAAAGGACGAAGAAUGGUCCGACUGUCACGUUAUCGAAGGAUACUUUCAGUCCCCUUUCGAUAUGUAUUUACCAAUGAUUAUGCCAGAAGAGGCAAAGACGGCUUAUUUUCAAAUAAUUUUACCACGCAAAUGGCAGUCGCACAAAGUCAAACCUAUAUGCUUACACCUCGCAGGCACGGGAGAUCAUUUUUUUUGGAGAAGACGUAAUUUAAUAGCUAAGCCACUACUUAAAGAAUUCGGAAUCGCUGCUGUAUUACUGGAAAAUCCAUUUUAUGGGCUGAGAAAGCCAAAAGAUCAAAUACGCUCGAGCUUACAUAAUGUAUCCGAUAUCUUCAUCAUGGGUGGUUGCCUAAUCUUGGAAUCAAUUGUUUUGUUAAAUUGGUGCGAACAACAGGGAUUUGGACCCUUGGGAUUAACAGGUUUAUCAAUGGGAGGACAUAUGGCUUCGCUUGCUGCAACAAACUGGCCUAAACCUAUUCCUCUCGUGCCAUGUCUGUCAUGGUCGACAGCAUCGCCAGUAUUUACAGAAGGAGUUAUGAGCGCAUCGAUUAACUGGGAGUUACUGGAGACUCAGUAUUUUGAAAAUGAAGUUUACCAGAACGAUCUUGCCAAGAUGGUAAAAAUAAUAGAUCAAGACGAUGCUUUUUUAGCUGGCCAACAUUUUGCGAAACAUUACCCAGCCAGUUUGCAAAGAAUGAAUCAAAUAAGAAAAGAAUCAAAAAGCCUUGACAGCAAAGAGAAGAGUAAAAUCACAAAGCAAGGCAUUGAUAGCAACGGUAUUGGUUCUGGCGGAGACAAUGCUCGUAACAUAAGCAAUACUGAUAAAAACAAUAACUCAAGUAAUGGUGAUAAGGUACAUAAAUGUCAUAUUGCCGAAGAGAAAGCAGCGGCUAGAAUGUUUCCCCUAAAUCUUAUUUCUCCAAGAUUUAAAGGAAGCGAAGCUGAAAUUGUGAAGGGGGUGUGCCUAUUGCCCGUAUCGAAGCACCCAUUAUUUUCAGAUAGUAAAUGGCGAGAAAGGGAAGCACUGCAAUUCAUGCGAGGCAUUAUGGACGAAUGUACUCAUCUCCAAAACUUUGAAGUUCCUGUCGAUACCGAACUCAUCAUUGCAGUGUGUGCAAGAGACGAUGCCUACAUCCCACGAGAGGGUUGUAUGAGUCUCGAACAAAUUUGGCCCGGAGCUGAGAUUCGAUUUAUUAAUGCUGGCCACGUGACAGCUUAUUUACUCCACCAAAAAGCCUUCAGAUCAACCAUAGCCGAAGCAUUCGAACGAUCCUUGAAAAAAUAUCCUAUCGACGACAGUUGACACCCAAUGUUCUUAAGCCUAAGAUUUAAUCGAUAUAGCAAAAAUCAGCAGUGAUGAAUUGAUUCUUCUCGAUUAGACUUGUAAUGUGUUCAAAGAAUCAAGUAUGUGCAAAUAUUACCGAUUAGCCAGUUCGAUCCAAGAUCGAGCAGGGUGAUCGUUAAAAACCCUCGACCUUGAAGAUAUUCCUCAACCGUGAUACAUAUAUAUAUUGUUAAACUUACAGCAGCAAAUGCGUUUGAAUAAUCUGACAAUCGCAGGGUCUGUGAACAGCUCCGCUCUACCGUUUACACCAUGUUGUUUCUAUAUGUAAUAUAUUUACGUGUACAUUUACCCUAAAAUGGGGCAUAAUUCCCGCUUUAUACGAGCGCGGAUUCGUAAGAAAUUGUACCCCAUUUAUAUUCGCUCAAUUAAAUGAAUAUUUUUCCGUUGAA